CUUGUUGAAGUUAUGCUAUCUUGACGCAAGGAUCUCGUUCGUAUGGCACUAGCAGCUUCGGUGGACUUGCCAGCGACCCUUUAGUGAUUGCUCUAUGCUCUAGCUUUAUGGCAGUUGCAGACCCAAACGAUGUCUACCUUUUGCGGCCGCUAAACAAUUCUCUUCCUUCAGCAGAGGACAAACGGCACAGCGCUGAGCUAGAACAGUUCCUUCGCGAUGCCGGCCUCUAUGAGCCGGACGAGGACGCCUACCUCCGUCAGGAGGUCCUUGGGCUGUUCUACGAGUUGACACAAACAUGGGUGAAGGGUGUUUGCCGGAAGAAGAACCUUAACGUGGAGGAUGCGCGUGCUCACGUCUACACCUUCGGCUCGUACCGACUGGGCGUGCACGGCCCAGGGGCGGACAUGGACACGCUGGUGGUGGGCCCGCGCUACGUGCUGCGGGACUCGGACUUCUUCGGCAGCGAGAAGCACUGCCUGGAAUACAUGCUCUCGCAAACGCCCGACAUCACGGACAUUCAGCCAGUGCCCGACGCCUUCGUGCCCAUGAUCGGCAUCAAGUACAAGGGCGUGCAAAUCGACAUCCUGUACGCCUCGCUGGCGAUGCAGACGCUGCCCGAGCAGCUGGACCUGUCCAACCACGCCGUGCUGCGUGGCUGCGACGAGCCCACCGUGCGCGCGCUCAACGGCUGCCGCGUGACGGACACCAUGCUGAAGCUGGUGCCGCGGCAGGAGGUGUUCCGCACCGCGCUGCGCGCCGUGAAGCACUGGGCCUCGCUGCGCGGCAUCUCCUCCAACGUGACCGGCUACCUGGGCGGCGUCAACCUGGCCAUCAUGGUGGCCAAGAUCUGCCAGCUCUACCCGCGCGCCGAGGCCUCCACCGUGCUGCUCAAGUUCUUCAUCCUGCUCAAGGCCUGGCCCUGGCCGCGCGCCAUCCACCUGCGGAUCCCGGAGGAGCACAGCCUGGGGCUGCCGGUGUGGGACCCGCGGCCCGGCACGCGCGACAGCCUGGCGCUCAUGCCGGUCAUCACACCCGCCUACCCCGCAAUGAACUCACUGUACAACGUGCAGCGCUCCACGCUCGAGGUAAUGACGGAGGAGUUCGCCGCGGCCGCCGACGUGUGCACCUCCUUCCUGCACUGCCCGCCCGGCAAGCCCAUCGAGUGGAGCCGCCUCUUCACGCCCGUGCCCUUCUUCACGCAGCACUCCUUUUACAUCCAGCUGGAGGUGUCUGCUGACAGCGAGGGCGACCUGGUGCUGUGGGACGGCUGGGUGAGCAGCCGCAUCAGGAGGCUGGUGCGCAACCUGGAGGACCACGUGCGGGUCAGGCCCUACCCCAAGGCGCAGAAGCCGCCAGUAGAGCCGGCCAAAGAGGCAGACCCGGACGGCAACGACGCCAAGCCGGUCACCGAGGAGGCCUCCAAGGACGUCGUUAAGGCGGAGCCCAAGGAUGCCGACAAGGACCCCGACGCAACCGCCCCCAACCGGCCGCGCCUGUGCUACUACAUCGGCGUGGACAAGCGCGCGGCGGCGGCGCUGACGGCGCAGCAGCUGCUGCCCAACGGGCAAGUGGCGCAGCUACCGGCGCACGCGCUGACGGGGCCGGCGGGCGCGCCGGCGGGCAAGGUGGACCUGAAGCAGCCCUGCAUCAUCUUCGUGAACGAGGUGUCGGCCUGGCCUGCAAAGCGGCCCGGCAUGGCGCUGAAAGUGAACGUGCUCAAGCGGGCGUUGCUGCCGUCAUGGCUGCCGGGAGUGCCGCAGCGGCCGCAGACACAGGCGCUGCCGGCGCCGCCCCCAGCAACCGCGGGCGGCAAGGCGGGCAUCAAGCGGGCUCCGUCAGAGGAUCCGGCCCAUCAGGACGCGAGCGCUGCGCCCGCCGCAGCGCUGCCGGCGCAGCAGCCAGCAAAGCGCCCACGAGUAGCCCAGGCCGCACCAGCAGCAGCGGGCCCGAAGCGUGCUGCUGUGCAAGAUGCCAGCCCAUCAACCGCGGCGGUGGCGGCACCAGCAGGCGCGCCGCCUGCGAAGCGUUCCAAGGUUGCACAGGCAACCUCGCGCUCGCAGGCGCAGCCUCCCGCGCUCACCUCCGAGCCGCAGGCCGGCGCCACAACGGCUGCGGCCCCCACCGUGCCAGCACCGGUGCAGGCUGCUUGUGAGGUGGCGGCAGCGGCGGCGGAGCCACCGUCAGGUGCAGGCCCUGUUAGCGCAGGCGCGGGCGGUGAGUCGGGCGUGGCGGUGGCCUCCGGUAGUGCUGCUCCUCAGUCAGCAGAUGCUACCUCUCUGAGUGGUGCCGCCACAGACGAUGCUACAGCGGACACGGCCGCGGCGGCAGGAGGCGGCGGGGUGGGGCUGUCGCCAGAGGCGGCGCAGCAGCUGGCGGAGCGGGCGUCCCAGGCGGAUGAGCGGGCGGCGGUGCAGGAGUCGCAGCUGCACAACACGGGCCGGGACAUGGGCGACUGGCUGGGAGUGGACCACGGCGUGGCGCUCACGGGCGUGCAGGGUUCGCCUACGGCUGGCUCUUGAGUGGUGACCAUGGUAAGCGGGCCCGUGUGGAGGCCGGGUGACAGGUAAGACAUUGGCUCUCGUGGAGUAGCGCAGGCAGCACAAAGUGGUAUGGUGAUAGGAGAGCAGUUCUCAAGGACAGACGCAGGUGAUUGAGAGACUAGGAUCCCUUGCGGCUCGUUUAGUCUUGUUGCAGGGUGCGAGGUGCCCGCAUAUCCACCUGCAACAUCGUCAUCGGGCGCAGGUAUUGAAUUGCAUUGGCGCCCCGAGGUAGCUUCCCAGUGUUAGGCGGUAGCGCGGCCAGAGGAGCAGGCAGAUAUUGUUCCCAGCACGAUGCGGGUAUGUUGGAGAAUUGCCAGGCAGUAGGUUUUCAUUGUGGGCUAGAGGCCGCAGAGGUAGACCGGCUUGUGAUGGGACGUAGGCUUCCACUACCGUAGGUAGGAUGACUUCGCCCAAGUGUUCACCUGAAUGUUACACUUAAUGACGAGUGGUGUGGAAACGAAUACACAUGAUGUAAGAACAAGGUCCAACGACCUUGUCCCGAGCAGCCUCCUCGGGACGGAUGCGCCCCGCCUGCCCCCGAAAGGCCCCGAAGCACCGGACGCGCCCCGCCUGCGCCCCGCGUGCCCCUGAAGCACCCCAACAGUAUAGUGCUACCUGACAACGCUACACACAGGCAGCUACAGUUCCCUUCCAGCGACAGUAGUCUGGACAUCGAAGUUUGCCACAUUACCUUGUGCCACAGCGGUUGUGGCCUCGCCGCCCACAUCGACGAAACAGAGCAGGACAGAGCAGAGCAGCAUAACCGCACAAACGACAAAGCGCUAGCACAGGCGGGGCACACGCACUUUGAUGAGUUGAGUAACUUAGCAGUUAGCGUACUGCCAAUACUGCAGUGCGGAGAGGCAGUAACGGCUGGAGCCAGGGGUGCCAGCGGAGAUGUAUCGAGCGGGUCAUGAUGUUGAAGAGAAGAAGAUUGUGAGGCUCUUGCUUGACCG